AUGGACAAAGCUGUAUACUACCCUCGUUCAAAAGAAAGGCUUUCGCUUCGUCGAAAGAAACUAAGGAAAAAAAUACUGGAAAAACGUAAAUUUAAAGUGACGGAAAGUCAUCACGUUCCGAACAAAGAAACACAAGAGGAGAUAACUGAAGCGGAGGAAACAUCCAUCACGUCUAAACCAGCAAAGAAUGACGAAAAGAAGGCAGUAAUAGAAUCUUCACAAUUUGGCCGUAGUACUAUUGUCGAUAAUUCACAUCUAUUGGCGUCAACCUAUGCUGGUCGGGUACUAUUAGCAGCAAGACCAGAACUAAAACCUUCCUCAAAAGGAAAGAAAACAAUAGUUGUAAAUAAGCCGCCCAUAAUUCCGAAGAAGAAAACAACUACAACAAUUCUAAAUCCAAACCUAUUAAAAGACUAUGGAAAUGAAAAAGAAGCACUUUUAGGCGAAGGGAGAUUCGGCAUUGUUCGACUUAUGCAGUAUAGAUCAACGCUAGUUGCGGUUAAGAUGUCAAAGGAGAGGAAAUACAGUUAUUUGAUUGAAUAUGAAGGGCAAAUUCUUUGUAACUUGGGCGAUCACCCUGGCUUUCCUUAUUGCUAUGGUCUUUGUGAAAAGGAUGGCACUAAAUUACUCGUCAUGGAGUUCUGUAGUGUGAACGGCAAAUCUAUUUCUUUGAAUUAUGCAUUGAAAUCUAAACUGAUAUCAGAUGAAUUUUGGCCAAAGAUUCUGUAUACAUUAGCAGGAUCAAUAGGCUAUAUGCACGCCCAAGGGUACAUUCACUGCGACAUUCAUGGGAACAAUAUAUUGGUGAUGCAGAGAAGUUCAACAUGA